AUGCGCCGCGCCCCGGCCCCGCCGCCGCCGCCGCCGCAAACUUUCCGCGGGGCCGUGAACCGGGAGGAGGAGGAGGAGGAGGAGAGCGGGCAGAAGCAGCACCGGGAGCAGAACCGGGAGAAGAACCAGGAGGAGGAGGAGAAGAACCGGGAGCAGAGCCGGGGGAACUACUGGGAGCAGAACCGGGAGCGGGAGCAGAACCGGGAGGAAAAGAAACACCGGGAGCAGCCCCGGGAGGAAGAGGAGCCUCGGGAACCGAACCGGGGGCAGCCCCGGGAACCGAACCGGGAGCAGAACCGGGAGGAAGAGAAGCCCCGGGAACAGAACCGGGAGGAAGAGGAGCCUCGGGAGCAGAACCGGGGGCAGCCCCGGGAGGAAGAGGAGCCCCGGGAGCAGAACCGGGAGGAAGAGCAGCCCCGGGAGCAGAACCGGGGGCAGCCCCGGGAGGAAGAGGAGCCCCGGGAGCAGAACCGGGGGCAGCCCCGGGAGGAAGAGCAGCAGCCGCAGCCGCCCCGCGAGGCUCCGCUCCAUGCGGCGCUGAGCCCCGCCGAGCCCCGCGGAGCCAUGGCCAUGGUGGCCGGCGCUUGGGGCGAACCGAACGGCGGCGGCGGCGGCGGCCCCGGAGCCGGUGGCGGCGGCGGUGGCCCGGAGGAGGCGGCGUCCCCCGGUGGCGGCGGCAGCGACGCGGAGCACGGCGAGGAGGAGCGGCCCGGGGCCGGCGCGGACUGCGUGGUGUGCGGGGACAAAUCCAGCGGGAAGCACUACGGGGUGUUCACCUGCGAGGGCUGCAAGAGCUUCUUCAAACGCAGCAUCCGCAGGAACCUCAGCUACACCUGCAGAUCCAACCGGGAUUGCCAGAUCGACCAACACCACCGGAACCAGUGCCAGUACUGCCGCCUCAAGAAGUGCUUCCGAGUGGGAAUGAGGAAGGAAGGUAUGGAAAAAAUUCCCAAAAAUCCCGAGGAAUCCCAGGAAUGCCGGAUUUUGGCAACGAAUCCCGGAUUUUG